AUGGAGAAAGCAUGCGAGAGUUGUUACAUUAGUUGCAGUUGCAAUCGCACUCCGCAUUCAGCCCAUUGGGGUUAUAAUAAAGUUUUAUGUUACGGGAGUUGUAAUUCUAUUAGUUUAUAUGAAGUAAAGUUCCCACCGUGUGAUGGCCAGGUUGUGCAGACCUUAAAUGCCCACAAAGGUCGCGUGAACUGUGUUCAGUGGAUCACAAAACAUGGAGAGGUGGAAGAUGAGUUGGUUUCGGGGUCCACAGACAGCAUAGGAAUAGUAUGGAGAAGGUUAAAUAGCCAGCUGUGCGCAGUCAAUACACUGACAGGCCAUACCGGAAGCAUAAAUGCUAUAAGUGCUCACUACCUCUGGCGGAUCAAGGAUGCUACAUGUGCCAAGACACAGAUUGCAACAGCAUCUGCCGAUUCUACUGUAAAACUGUGGGAACGGGAAUGGGAGGCAGAUGAGUUUACAUGUAUCCAGACGUUGUCAUUUGGAUCUGGUUUUUCAUUGGAUGUUGCUUUGACUACCCUUCCGGGUACAGAAGUAUCAUUACUUGCUUGUGGAUGUGAUGAUAUGCGAAUUCAUCUCUUUGUUCAACAGAGUGGUCAGUUUAUAAAGGUGCAGUCACUGGCUGGACAUGAAGACUGGGUUAGAGGACUUGACUUUGCAAUGGAUGAUGGUGGUGACCUUCUUCUUGCCAGCUGUGCUCAGGAUUUUUUCAUCAGAUUGUGGCGAAUAUCUCCCAGAUGUUCAGAAGUGCAUAAUCAACAGAAGUUAACUAGCAGUGUCUCGAAUGAAGAUGAUAUCAAGAUUAAAGAGAAGAUGUUCACUGUUGAUAAUGAGGGAAAACAAUAUUCGUUUGUGGUAUCCGUAGAAGCAGUAAUGACGGGCCAUGAGGGCUGGGUGUACGGUGUACAUUGGCAACCGGCGGAGUAUGCAGAUGGGACAAGACGUCAACCCAUGUGUCUCAUCUCAGCUUCAAUGGAUAAAACUGUUAUAUUAUGGAAACCUGAUGCAGACACUGGUGUCUGGCUUGAUAAGGUGAGAGUUGGUGAGAUAGGUGGCAACACAUUGGGGUUUUAUGGUUGCCAGCUAAGCCCUGAUGGAUGCUCAUUCAUGGCACAUGGAUACCAAGGAGCAAUACACAUGUGGCACAAAAACCAGGUAUCAGAUCAAUGGGUUCCAGGUGUAACUGUCGGUGGGCAUUUCGAUGAAGUGACGGACAUAGACUGGGACCCAGAGGGAGGAGAAUUCUUGCUUAGUGUUAGUCUAGACCAGACCACAAGACUUCAUGCCCCUUGGGUCAGAGACGCAACAAAGACAAACUGGCACGAGAUUGCACGGCCGCAGGUACAUGGCUACGACAUGACCAGCAUUGCCAUGAUCGGGCGCUGCCGAUUUGUCUCGGGUGCAGACGAGAAAGUUCUACGCACCUUCGAGGCACCGAGAAACUUCGUAGAGAACCUGGCCCGACUCUCGGGCGUGGAGGCCCAACGUGAUGUUGAAAAUCUUUUGAAUAUACCAGAGGGUGCAAGCGUGCCAGCAUUGGGUCUGUCUAACAAGGCAGUGUUCUCUGCUGGAGAAAAGAUUGUGAAUGAUGAGUUGUCAAUCCAGCCUCACCCGAACGAACAGUAUCCAGAACUAUACUUCAAGCCAGUGCGAUUAUUGGAGCCACCCUCUGAAGAAGACUUGCUACAGAACACGUUGUGGCCUGAAAUUCAGAAGCUGUAUGGCCAUGGUUAUGAAUUGUACAGUGUUGCGAGUAACCACGAACGAACAAUAGUAGCCUCAGUCUGCAAGGCAUCCAAGCCAGAGCACGCGGCAGUGAUACUGUGGGACACGUCGUCAUGGCGACAGAUGUGUCAGCUUCGGUCGCACCAGCUCACAGUGACGCAGCUUGCUUUCUCACCAGAUGACAGGUAUCUUCUGAGUGUUUCACGUGACAGGACCUGGUCACUGUUCAAGAGAACACAGUCAGAGCAAGGGUUGCAGUUUGAAAGAGUAGGCUACUCUGACAAGAAAACAGGAAUACAUUCUAGAAUUAUCUGGGCUUGUGCGUGGUCGCAUGAUAACAAGCACUUUGCAACUGCUUCCAGAGAUAAGAAGGUCGUGAUGUGGCAGGUGACACAGGAACAAAGGAAAGACAGUUGUCUUGGUAUUGUCCAAGCAUGCCCCGACCCCCUGCAACUAGACGAUUCCAUAACAGCUAUUGACAUGCCUUUCGUUCUUUGCUCGAGCGAAGAGUAUCUGGUGGCUGUAGGAUUGGAGAGCGGAAUCAUACAGCUUUUCAAGUGGAACAGUUUACAUACAAAUCCAUGGAGCAAAGUGAUUACUUUAGAUGAAAAGUAUCCUUUUUUUAAAUGUUUUAAAUUGUGCACUGUAGAGUUAGCACCUGUGACGCCUCCCUUCAAGCCGCAGGUGACCUCGGAGACGGACACGCGUUACUUCGACGCUGAGUUCACCGGCGACUCGGUCGACCUGACGCCGCCGCGUCACACCGGCGGACCGCUGAACGCCAUUGUCGAGGAGAGCACCGACGCCCCCUACUUCCAGCAGUUCUCUUACCACGGCGACCGCGGCACGCUCGGAAUGGAGUAUGGCGUUUGGUUUGUAGCACGUUUGCAGGGACAAUGGUCUUUGGCAUCCAAGCCAGAGCACGCGGCAGUGAUACUGUGGGACACGUCGUCAUGGCGACAGAUGUGUCAGCUUCGGUCGCACCAGCUCACAGUGACGCAGCUUGCUUUCUCACCAGAUGACAGGUAUCUUCUGAGUGUUUCACGUGACAGGACCUGGUCACUGUUCAAGAGAACACAGUCAGAGCAAGGGUUGCAGUUUGAAAGAGUAGGCUACUCUGACAAGAAAACAGGAAUACAUUCUAGAAUUAUCUGGGCUUGUGCAUGGUCGCAUGAUAACAAGCACUUUGCAACUGCUUCCAGAGAUAAGAAGGUCGUGAUGUGGCAGGUGACACAGGAACAAAGGAAAGACAGUUGUCUUGGUAUUGUCCAAGCAUGCCCCGACCCCCUGCAACUAGACGAUUCCAUAACAGCUAUUGACAUGCCUUUCGUUCUUUGCUCGAGUGGAGAGUAA